GGUGACAACGGUCAAUAAUGAAGGUGGCUGCGGCGCGGCGGCAGGCUCAGCUGCGCCGGGCGGGGGCGGCGCCGGGGCCGCGCCUGUAGGACCUCGGGGCCGGCGCGGCGAAAUGGGGACCCGGCGCGGGGAGUGAGGUGGCGGCGGCGGCGAGCGGAACUUCAGCCAGAGGGGCACUCCCGCUCCCCCCUCUGGCUCGUCAGCUUCCACCUGCAGCCCCUCGGCCCCCGCGUCCCGCGGGACCGGGACGGCGCCGGCGGGGGCAUGUGGCGCUGGGUCCGGCAGCAGCUGGGUUUUGACCCACCACAUCAAAGUGACACAAGAACCAUUUACAUAGCCAACAGGUUUCCUCAGAAUGGCCUUUACACACCUCAGAAAUUUAUAGAUAACCGGAUCAUUUCAUCUAAGUAUACUGUGUGGAAUUUUGUUCCAAAAAAUUUAUUUGAACAAUUCAGAAGAGUGGCAAACUUUUAUUUUCUUAUUAUAUUUUUGGUUCAGCUUAUGAUUGAUACACCUACCAGUCCAAUUACCAGUGGACUUCCGUUAUUCUUUGUGAUAACAGUAACCGCCAUAAAGCAGGGAUAUGAAGAUUGGUUACGACAUAACUCAGAUAAUGAAGUAAAUGGAGCUCCUGUUUAUGUUGUUCGAAGUGGUGGCCUUGUAAAAACUAGAUCAAAAAACAUUCGGGUGGGUGAUAUUGUGCGAAUAGCCAAAGAUGAAAUUUUCCCUGCAGAUUUGGUGCUUCUGUCGUCAGAUCGACUUGAUGGUUCUUGUCACGUUACAACUGCUAGUUUGGAUGGAGAAACUAACCUGAAGACACACGUGGCAGUUCCAGAAACAGCAGUAUUACAAACAGUUGCCAGUUUGGACACACUCAUAGCUGUGAUAGAAUGUCAGCAACCAGAAGCAGACUUGUACAGAUUCAUGGGACGAAUGAUAAUAACUCAACAAAUGGAAGAAAUUGUAAGACCUCUGGGGCCGGAGAGUCUCUUGCUUCGUGGAGCCAGGUUAAAAAACACAAAAGAAAUUUUUGGAGUUGCUAUCUACACUGGAAUGGAAACUAAGAUGGCAUUAAAUUACAAGAGCAAGUCACAGAAACGAUCUGCAGUAGAAAAGUCAAUGAAUACAUUUUUGAUAAUUUAUCUAAUAAUCCUUAUUUCUGAAGCCAUCAUCAGUACUAUCUUGAAAUAUACAUGGCAAGCUGAAGAAAAAUGGGAUGAACCUUGGUAUAACCAAAAAACAGAACAUCAAAGAAAUAGUAGUAAGAUUCUGAGAUUCAUUUCAGACUUCCUUGCUUUUUUGGUACUCUACAAUUUCAUCAUUCCAAUUUCAUUAUAUGUGACAGUCGAAAUGCAGAAAUUUCUUGGGUCAUUUUUUAUUGGCUGGGAUCUUGAUCUCUAUCAUGAAGAAUCAGGUCAGAAAGCUCAAGUCAAUACUUCUGAUCUGAAUGAAGAGCUUGGACAGGUGGAGUAUGUGUUUACAGAUAAAACUGGUACACUGACAGAAAAUGAGAUGCAGUUUCGGGAAUGUUCAAUUAAUGGCAUAAAAUACCAAGAAAUCAAUGGUAGACUUGUAUCUGAAGGACCAACACCAGACUCUUCAGAAGGAAGCUUAUCUUACCUUAAUAGUUUAUCCCAUCUUAACAACUUAACCCAUCUUACAACCAGUUCUUCUUUUAGAACCAGUCCUGAAAAUGAAAGUGAACUGAUUAAAGAACACGAUCUCUUCUUUAAAGCAGUCAGUCUCUGUCACACUGUACAGAUUAGCAAUGCUCAGACUGAUGGCAUUGGUGAUGGUCCCUGGCAGUCCAACUUUGCACCCUCCCAGUUGGAAUACUAUGCAUCUUCACCAGAUGAAAAGGCUUUAGUGGAAGCUGCUGCAAGAAUUGGCAUUGUAUUUAUUGGCAAUUCUGAAGAAACUAUGGAAGUUAAAACACUUGGAAAACUGGAACGGUACAAACUGCUUCAUAUUCUCGAAUUUGAUUCAGAUCGUAGGAGAAUGAGUGUAAUUGUUCAGGCACCUUCAGGUGAGAAGCUUUUAUUUGCUAAAGGAGCUGAAUCAUCAAUUCUUCCUAAAUGUGUAGGUGGAGAAAUAGAAAAAACCAGAAUUCAUGUAGAUGAAUUUGCUUUGAAAGGGCUGAGAACUCUGUGCAUGGCCUAUAAACAGUUGACAUCUAAAGAGUAUGAGGAAAUAGAUAGACGUCUGUUUGAAGCCAGGACUGCCUUGCAACAACGGGAAGAGAAAUUGGCAGAUGUCUUCCAGUUCAUAGAGAAAGACCUGAUAUUACUUGGAGCUACAGCAGUGGAAGACAGGCUGCAAGAUAGAGUUCGAGAAACUAUUGAAGCAUUGAGAAUGGCUGGUAUCAAAGUAUGGGUACUAACUGGUGAUAAACAUGAAACAGCUGUUAGUGUGAGUUUAUCAUGUGGACAUUUUCACAGAACCAUGAAUAUCCUUGAACUUAUAAACCAGAAAUCAGACGGCGAAUGUGCUGAACAAUUGAGGCAGCUUGCCAGAAGAAUUAAAGAGGAUCAUGUGAUUCAGCACGGGCUGGUGGUGGAUGGGACCAGCCUGUCUCUUGCACUCAGGGAGCAUGAAAAACUAUUUAUGGAAGUUUGCAGAAAUUGUUCCGCUGUAUUGUGCUGUCGUAUGGCACCACUGCAAAAAGCAAAGGUAAUAAGACUGAUAAAAAUCUCACCUGAGAAACCUAUAACAUUGGCUGUUGGUGAUGGUGCUAAUGAUGUAAGCAUGAUACAAGAAGCACAUGUCGGCAUAGGAAUCAUGGGUAAAGAAGGAAGACAAGCUGCAAGAAACAGUGACUAUGCAAUAGCUAGAUUUAAAUUCCUCUCCAAAUUGCUUUUUGUUCAUGGUCAUUUUUAUUAUAUUAGAAUAGCUACCCUUGUACAGUAUUUUUUUUAUAAGAAUGUGUGCUUUAUCACACCCCAAUUUUUAUAUCAGUUCUACUGUUUGUUUUCUCAACAAACACUAUAUGACAGCGUGUACCUGACUUUAUACAAUAUUUGUUUUACUUCCCUACCUAUUCUGAUAUAUAGUCUGUUGGAACAGCAUAUAGAUCCUCAUGUAUUGCAGAGCAAGCCCACCCUCUAUCGAGACAUUAGUAAAAACCGUCAACUAAGCAUUAAAACAUUUCUUUAUUGGACCAUCCUGGGUUUCAGUCAUGCCUUUAUUUUCUUUUUUGGAUCCUAUUUUCUAAUAGGAAAAGAUAUAUCUCUGCUUGGAAAUGGCCAGAUGUUUGGAAACUGGACAUUUGGCACCUUGGUUUUCACAGUCAUGGUUAUUACAGUCACAGUAAAGAUGGCUUUGGAAACUCAUUUUUGGACCUGGAUCAACCAUCUUGUUACCUGGGGAUCUAUUAUAUUCUAUUUUAUAUUUUCUUUGUUUUAUGGAGGGAUUCUCUGGCCAUUUUUGGGCUCCCAGAAUAUGUACUUUGUAUUUAUUCAGCUCCUAUCAAGUGGUUCUGCUUGGUUUGCCAUAAUACUCAUGGUUGUUAUGUGUCUAUUUCUUGAUAUUGUGAAGAAAGUAUUUGACCGACAGCUCCAUCCUACAAAUACUGAAAAGGCACAGCUUACUGAAACAAAUUCAGGUAUCAAGUGCUUGGACUCCAUGUGCUGUUUCUCAGAAGGAGAAACAGCGUGCGCAUCUGUUGGAAGAAUGCUGGAACGAGUAGUAGGAAGAUGUAGUCCAACCCAUGUCAGCAGAUCUUGGAGUGCAUCGGAUCCUUUCUAUACCAACGACAGGAGCAUCUUGACUCUCUCCACAAUGGACUCAUCUACUUGUUAAAGGGGCAGUAGUACUUUGUGGGAACCAUUUCAACUCCUUUCCUAAAAUUCAGUGUGAUCAUCCUGGUAAUGGCCACACUAGUUCUGCAGAAUUACUUUUUGAAAUUUCUCGAGUAUUUCAUACCCACUCAGAGUUAUAAUGGCAAACAAAUAAAAAGCAUUGGCAUAAACCCCUUUCAACCCCUUUAAUUUAAAUCUGAACUUGUCAGAAUUUGUGAAAGAGACAUUUUCCAUCUCUUUGGAUUGUCCCUUGUGCUUAUGGGACUCCAAAUGGCAUUUCAUCCUCUUGCUAAGGCCACUAUAUUUUAAUAUCAAGGUAGAAAAGGGAACUAAUUCCUAGUUAAUUGUAUUUUUUAGUAUUAGCUUGGUUAUUGAAUCUUCUAUUCAAAUCUGCUUCUGUAAAUUUUGCUGAAAAGUUUGCCCUGAAAACUCUAUUUUUUUAUUAGAGUUAUAUUUGAAGCUUUUCAUGCGAAAAGUUAAUGUGAAUAGAAAGGAAUUUUGGUCCCUCAGUGACCCAUGUUGUUAAUUCUUUAGUGCUUUUUAAGUUCACAGAGCAAAUUAGGAGAAUGCAUUUCCCACCAUUAUUUACUGCAUUGUGGAUAGUAAUUAUAUACCAAUACCAAACUUCUCUAAAUACUGUAACACAAUCAGUAAAAUUAAGCAUAUACAUGCAAAGGGUAUAUUAUAUAUAUAAAUCAGGAAUCAAGUCCAUUCACCAAAUUUCAAGUUGAUGUUUAAUAUUUUUGUGACAGAAUACAAAGAACCUAUAGUGGGUAAAUUACAUACCAUUAGCAUAUUAUUUAAUGUGUUUAUCAUUGGAUCUUUUGCAUGCUUUAAUCUGGUUAAUAUAUUUAAAUUUGCCUUUUUUUUCCCCUCUAUCUGCAGGCUCUGUUUAUAGUAUUUUAUGACACUGUUGUAAAGUUCAACUAUAUCAAUAAAAAACAAGUUUGGACAGUAUUUUAAUAUUGCAAAUAUUUUUAAUCAUACAAAUCAAAAUAUUAGGGUAAUUAAAACAAAAAGAUAAGAGCCUCUUUCUGUGGCUAAUUUAGAAUUGUUCUUGCCUUUCAGUAAGCUAGAGUGCAGAAUAAAGGAUUUCACAUAAGAAUCCUAUUAUUCUUAGGUUAGUAUAUGUUAUCUAAGUUACAGUAGACUACCACAGUGAAGUGAAAUCUGUUCAGUGUCCCAUUACUAGGUAUAUUUUCAGGCAUGGCUACAGGAUGUAAGUGAAACAAAAGUUUAAAAUGCUAAAUCUUAAGGGGUAAUGGCAGCAUAAAUUAAAAUGCUAAGAAUGAUUAAUCAGGUACAUAUUGCUGUAAUUGACUCACUGUACUUCAGUACUUAAUUUCCAUCCUGAGUUUAUCAUAUGAUCAGUGUUGUCAUUUGUUUUGAUAAAAACGUCAUUUUAAAAUUUGGAAAUGAUUAUUGGUUAAAGAACUUACCGAGCUCUAAGUAUGUGAUUGUGUACAUAACAUUUAAAAUUGUAUGGAAAUGGUUAAAUAAGGUUUUCCAAAAUUUUCUCUUGAGAAUAUAAUAACUCCUUUCUGUGGAUAUAUUCUUCAACCUUCCACCUCUUCCCAUCUCAUGAAUAUAAGACUUCUGGAAUUGGGCUAGUAGGGAAAGAAUGAUAGAGUCAAGAAUUAAGACUUUACCUUGUUUGCUGGUAAACUAUUUUUUUUAAUUUUUAUUUUCUUGCUAAUAUAACAUUUGUCUGUUUCAGUAAUACAAGGAUAUUAGAUUAUGAAUUUCAGCUUAAAUAUUAAUUUUCAUUAGUAGCCCUUCUUUAACUUAGAUAUUCCAAAAUUGAGUUUAAGAAUAUACUGUGAUUCUGGAAAUACAUUAAAGGGAUAAUACAGUGUACAAUAUAUAUACUUACCAAUUCAUGUUCCAGAGGAGGAAAAUUGCAGAAAAUAUUCAGUUAGGGUAGUUUAGUGGAAGAUAACUCAGAAUUUGUUUCUUCUUAGAAUGUCUUAUAAAAUAUUUAUCUAACAAAAUGACAUGUUAAUAGUCCUGCAUUACAUCUUCCUUAACAAUUUACAGUGUUUGUUUGCCAUAAACCAAACUGACUACUGACACUAGAGAAGGACCACAAAGCCAUCCAAGCAGUCUCUGACCAACUGCCGCAGUGGAGGUCACCCAGCCUAUGUGGUGCUGAAGGUGGUGAUGUAACUGUCUGCAUUGACUGAAGUUAUUUAAGAACUUUAUGUCAAAAAAAAAGUAAAUGUCAUCUACUGAUAAUGCUCAUCCUAAUCUGUUGAAAACCUCUUUUUAAAGGAAAAUUAUUAUAAGAAAAGAGCUUUCUUCAACUUAAGAAAGUAACUGUUGUCUACAAGCUUUAAAUAGUUUUCUAGUGCUAAUACUCAUAUUUUAAAACUUACUAUGUAGCCAGUAAUCACAAAAAGAUCCCCUUUGCAUAUUUCUUUAAAAUUCUUUGGAAAGUAUGAUGUUGGUAAUUAAGUUACUCUUAAACCUGCCAAAACCAGAGUAAGAUGCUACAUGUGUUUUUACUAAUUGAUGGUCUCAGAUCUGUUUGCCUCACUUUCUUACCUUAGUCUGAAGGCUAUAGCCCUGAAGAUAGUAGUAAGCACCAAGACGGUUUUCAAAAUUGCCCAUCAGCUGCUUUAAAAGAUAACUCAGUACCCUUCCUCAGCUUUAGCGAGCAAUAGGCUCACUUUAGGAGGAUUAGAGUAUGGGCCAGGCAACUACACCUACCAAGCUUGCUGUGGAGUUGAGAAGAAAGAAGGGAGAAUUUAGUUUGAAUUUCUCUUAACUGCCCUCCUCCUUGGGUCUCAAUCUCCAUGAGGUCCAAAAAGGCUUCCCAGACCUAUACAGACUCUGGCACUGUCCUGAGUAGGAGAUUAAACUGAGGUAAAUCACCGCAUCAGGAAAUUCCUUUACUCAGACCAGGUCAUUUCUGCUGUAAGAUUGUGGAUUGUGGAAUUGGGCUUGUGUUUGAAGCUUGAGACUCCUAUCCGAUAGGCAGAAGUCAAAGCCACUAAAAAAAUUGACAGUUGAUACCAAAAAAAAUUUUAAAUAUGCUAUUCUGAGAAGUUAUUGGGGGCAGGGGAAAAGGGAAAAUCAUCUAUGCUUGUGUUUUCCUGUAAAGAUCACGUUGAAGUAUGAUAUCAGCAGGUAUUCAUAAAACAAACACACCAAAGAGUUAUGUAAAAUAUGUUUUAUUAAUUUUGGUCCCACUUCUGAGACAUUUUUAUUUCUAUCUUGAAAUGAGUCAUCUAUUUUCAUAAAAAUGGAACAUUAUUAAAGUGCUGUUUAUGUGAGAACACUUGAAUGAUUUUCCUACAAAAAAAUAGAUCACAAUUAAUGAUAUGUUUGUAAUAAUGGUGAUUGUUAGAUUUUUAUGGGGAAUUAGUAGUUGGCAAUACUGUAGCAACAUUUAGUUUAAAAUCCAGGACCUCAGACACUGUGGCUGUCUAAUAAAAUCCUUUAACAUUUCUCUGCAUUGUCAGUAAGUGUAGUUACUUAUUGUAUAGCUGUCUAAUUUUUUAAAGUUUAUGAAAUUAUAUUUAUGGAAUAAAAAUUUUCCUACA